UACUACUCAUCCUUGCUUAUUAAAAAAACAGGUGAAAAAACAAAUCUCAAGUGUAAUGGAAAGUUUGUUAUUAUUUUUUUAGUGUCAAAUGUUAAUUUUAUUGUAACUUGUAAUUUGAAAGAACAUAUUGAGAGCUAAUUAACGACAAAUAAUUGAGUGUUGUAUAAUCAUAAGUGUAUCGAAUACUAGUUAAUAUACAAUGUCGGAAACAAAGGCAUCAAAUUUACGACAACCUUCGAAAAUUGGAAGACCUUGUAGUGCUGCACCUCCUAAACCUGCAGUACCACCGACACCACCGAGAGCUUCAAUGAAUUUCAUGGAGCACCUUUGGGAAACGCAUGGUCGUCGUUUGAGUGAGGCGGGUUUAAGAAGGGGAUCAGAUAAUAGUGUGGUCCUAACGGAAGACACAGAUAGCUUUAUAAUAGGUGACCGAGUAUGGGUCGGUGGAACAAAAGCUGGACAAAUUGCAUAUAUUGGAGAAACACAAUUUGCUCCGGGAGAUUGGGCUGGAAUUGUUCUCGAUGAUACAAUUGGAAAAAAUGAUGGCUCAGUUGCUGGUUAUCGUUAUUUUCAAUGUGAACCAAAACGUGGUAUUUUCUCCCGUCUCUCACGACUCACAAGACAACCAUUAUCUCGCGAUGUGUCGAUUACAUCUCCAACAUCACCAACUGAAAGUUCUAGAUAUUCUUUGAACCAAUCCAUGUCUCCCUCGCUAAACACUUCCACCACAAGCCUCUCAUCGGUAACUCACAAAGAUCUUCGGAUAGGAGAGAGAGUUAUAAUAUCCUCUAGCCAAGGGAGUAAAAUAGGAGUACUUAGAUACCUGGGCAUGACCGAAUUUGCACCUGGAGAAUGGUGUGGCGUUGAACUGGACGAACCUUCUGGAAAAAAUGAUGGAUCUGUUGAUAAUAAGAGGUAUUUUGAGUGUCGUCCAAAAUAUGGUCUAUUUGCACCGGUACACAAAGUAAGUCGAUCACCAUCAAACAAGAAAGCAGGAAUGUGCAUUGUUCAUAGACCCUCGGGAGCAGCAUUAAAUACAUCAUUGAGAAAAUUGGGUUCACGUGAAUCGCUUCUAUCAACAACAAGUACAACAGCAAGUGUUGCUGCUGCAAAAAGUGUUUCUUCAACAUCUAGGAGAACGUCUAUGUUUGUCAAAGCACCUGCUCGAACUUCACUGCAGGAUAUGCUGAAAGAGAAACAAUUAGAGAUUGAGAACCUUCUUAAAGAACGAAAUUUAGAACGCGAAAGAGUUACAAAAGCUGCUAAUCAGGCAGAUCAAGCUGAACAAUCUGUAAUAAAUUUAAAACGUGAAUAUGAUAAGUUUCGACAAGACACAGAAAAAACUGUUCAAGAUUCACAAAGUGUUAUAGAACAAUUAAUGAAGGAAAAAAAUAUGCUUGGCACACAAUUGGAAGAAGAGAAAAGAAAAUGUGAAGAUCUUCAAUUUCGUUUCGAAGAAGAAUCUAUUGACAAGGAUGACAUUCAGAAUCAAAAAAGUGAACAGAGCGUAAUAAAUACAAAAAAUGAAAAUACAAUCAAGGAACUUGAGAAGCAAAUUGUCGAAGAAAAAGAACGAAUUGUUUUACUUGAAAAGGAAAAUUCAAAAUUAUUCGAAGCUGAAGAAGAAUUAACUCGACUUCGUAUUGAAAUUCAAUCAUUUCAAGAUAAAGACGAAGUAAAAGUUUUAUCAGAAAAUAAUAAAAAAUUAGAAGAGGAAAAAUGUAAACUUGAAAAGCAAAUUGAAGAAAAUGUCUCUGCAAUUCAUAAAUAUGUUGAGGAAAUAGAAAAAUUCAAAUGUGAAUUAGACAAAAAGGAAGUGGAAAAUAAUUCUAGUAAACAAUCAGCAUUAUCGUGGCAAAAAACAGCCGAAGAUGGACAACGAAUAUUACAAGAAAAAUGUGAAAUUAUUGAAAAAAUGCAAAAAGAAUAUUCCCUAAAUGCCGAGGCUUUGAAUAAAGAAAUUCAAAGAUUACAAGAAAUAAUCGAGACAAUUACCAAUCAAUAUAAAAUAGAAAAAGAUGAUAUAAUUCUAAAACAUGAAAACAUAAUCAAGGAACAUUUAGCUGAGAAAGAUAAUAAAUUACAUGAAAUCACAUCUCAAUUAGAUGAAAAAAUUAAUGAAACUAAUAAAUUAAUUGCCGAUAUCAAUUUAUUACAUGAAUCACAAAAAAAUGCCAAUGAAGAAAUAAAAAAAUUGACAACUAAUUCUAAUGAAUAUCUUGAAAAAUUGAAAAUGACUGAAGAAAAUAAUAAUAUACUAAAUCAAAAUAUAAAAGAGCUUCAAGAAAAAUUAGAAGAAAACAAUAUCAAAAAUUCUCAAGAGAAACAUGAAUUGGAACAAAAAAUAACAGCAUUAUCAAAUCAAUUAGAAAAUAAUUUAUUAGAAUUAACCAAAUUAGAUAAAGACUUAAAAACAAAAGAGACUGAAUUAGAAAAUCUCCGAAAUACAAAAGAAACGGAAGUUGAAGAAAUGAGAUGUAAUCUUCAGCGUGAAAUUGACGAUAAAUGUAAACAUAUAAAUGAAAUGAGUACUGACGCUGCUCAACAAUGUUUAAGAAUUAAUAAUCUCGAGAAAGAAAUUGAUAAUCUUAAAAAUAUUAUAGCCAAUAAGGACGAGGAAAUCAAGAAUCUUUUAGAAAAAAAUACAGAAUUGCAAGAUGCUCUAACAUUAUUUGAACAAACGAAAACUAAUCUUGAAAGUGAACUUGGAAUGUAUGAAACUAAUGUUCAAGAUUUGAAUAAAACAAUCAAACAGAAUGAAGAAAAAUUGUGUCAAAUAGCACAGCAAAAGGCUAAAUUGGAGGAGGAAAUAGCAAAUGUGAUAAGUACAUCAUCCGAUUCUUCUCAGCAGCUUGCAAAAUAUAAUGAGGAUCUUCGAAAAAAAGAAAAAGAAUUAGAUAAAGCACAAGAAAAGGGUUAUGAAUUAGAAAAAUUAUUAUCAACAGCAGAAAUAAAAUCAUCAACUCUUGAGCAAGAUAUAAUUCGUCUCAAUACACUCAAAGAGCAAAUAGAAAUUGAAAAUAAUGAAAGAAAAACUCAAUUGGAAAUUAAAGUCAAUGAAAUAUCAUCUCUUUCCAAUAAACUCACAGAUUAUGAAAAAAGAGAACAAGAACAUAUCCAAUUUUUAGAGAAAAAUGAAAAUGCUCAAAGUGUAUUACAUCAAAAGACUGAAGAAUUAAAUAAAUUAGCACAAGAUUUAGUGAAAACACGAGAAGAAAUUUCUGAUUUAACUGAAAAAUUAACAAAUUCAGAAAAUGAACAUAAAAAUGAAAAAGAAAAUUUUGAAAAAUCGAUUCAUGAAUUACAAGAUCAAUUGACAAUUUUCCAAGAAAAAAUAAAAACCACAGAAAUUUUGAAAAAUCAACUAGAAAACGAUAAAAAAGAAAAUGAAAAUACCAUUAAAGAAAUAAAGGAGAAAUUAAAUGAAGAAACAAAUUCACGAUCUGACACUGAGACAAAAAAUACAUCCGCACAAUUAGAAAUCAAAGAAUUAAAUAAUCGUCUACAAAAAUUAGAAACUGAAAAUCAGGAAUUAAAUAACGAAAUUAAAUCACUUAAUGCAAAUUAUAAUGAUUCAAAAAAAGAAUUAAAUCUUUUAAAAUCAACUUACACUAACGUUACAUCGGAAAAUUCCCAAGAACUCAUGAAUUUAAAGCAACAAUUAAUAAUUAUUGAAUCCGAAAAAGAAAAAUUGGAAAAAUCACUCAAUCAAUUGAAUAUUUCAUUAAAUGAAUCGAAUAAUCAAUUAAACGCUGCCAAUCAAUGUAAAAAUACAACAAAUGAAAAAUUAUCUGAAAUCGAAGCAAUAGCUAGUGAAAAAACUAACGAAAUAAUAAAACAAACAAAAAUAAUUGAAAAUCUCGAAAAUCAAUUAAAAACAAAUACUGAAUAUGUACAACAAAUUUUAAAUGCAAACAAAGAAUUGGCAAUGGAAAAUUCAAUAGUAAAUGACAAUUUAAAAUCAUUGGAGGCAAAAUUAAUUGAAAUUCAAGAAGAAUUAAAAAAGAAAAAUAAUCAUCUUAAUGAAUUAGAAAAUAAAACCGAUCAAUUGACAAAAUCCGAGAAAAUUGCAUUAAAUACAAAAAAUUCUUUAGAAAUGGAAAUAAAAAAUUUAUUAAGCGUUGCAAAUAUUCAACAGAAUAAUGAUUAUGAAGGUAUUAAACAACUUGUGGAAUUAAUGAAUAAACAAAAAUCUGAAUUACAACAAAAAGAAACUUUUAUUGUUGAAUUAGAGGGAAAAAUUAAUUUACUACAAGAAACACAAAAGGAAAAAUCAAAAAUAGAACAAGAUUCACGUAAUAAUGAAAUUAAAAUUAUUCAAAAAGAAUUGGACACUAUGAAAAAUGAGAAAAUAAAUUUGGAAACAACAAAAAAUAAUGUUGAAAAAUUAUUGAAAGAAACAGAGGAAAAAUUACAUAAUUUAUCAAAUUCGAUGAAAGUAAAAGAAAAGGAAACCGAAAAGAAUGUACAAAAUCUUGUGGAAAAAGUAAAUUUACUCACUCAAGAAUGUUCACAAUUAAAGGAUACGAAAAAUUUAUUAGAAGAAGAAAAUAAACAACUUUUAGAGAAAUCUAAGAAGAAAAUUGCGACUAACGAAAAUAUGGAAAUGAAUGCUAAUAGUUUAACAAAUCAAAUAGCAGGCGGUGAUUCAAAAAUAAAUACAGCACCACAAGAUUCGGACAGUAAACAACUUAUAGAAGAGAAUAAUUUGUUUAAAGGACAAAUUGAUUUUCUUAAUUCUGUCAUAGUUGAUAUGCAAAGAAAAAAUGAAAAUUUACUAUGUAAAAUUGAAGUUCUCGAAAUGGGAAUCCCUUCAAAUGAAGCUGACGAUUACAAUAGAAGUACCUUAGAAAAAAGAUCAGCUCCACCUCGAAUGUUUUGUGAUAUUUGUGAUCAAUUUGAUUUACAUGAAACAGAGGAUUGUCCACGUCAAUCGCAAGAUGCUGAAUUAGAACAAAAAGAUUCGAGAAAAGCUAAAAAAAGUCGAAUUGAAAGACCAUAUUGUGAAAAUUGUGAGGUUUUCGGACAUGAAACAGAAUCAUGCGAUGAUAAUGAAACUUUUUAAUAAUAUAUCGAAUGAAGAGAAAAAUAUUGUAAAUUACAUGCUUGCCAAAAUAGAAUGACGAAAUACUAGAAAAAUUUGUUGAAUUUUCAAAGUAUAUUUUUUUAAGUCUAACUUCUUCCGUCUACAAAUAUUUGUCUUCCUUGACAACAUUAAAUGUUCUAUUAUUUAAGAAUAAUUCAUAUUUUUUAGCUCUUUUAUUGUUCAUAUAUAUUUAGAAAAAAAAAUGUUAGAGCAAGCAAGUUUUCCUGAAAAAUUAUUGAUAUUUUUUCAAAUUUUCAGGUUUUGUUAUAAAUUUUGCUCUAAACAUUAUUUAUUGAGUAUAAAUGUGUGUGUGUGCGUAUAUUAUAAAAUAAUGUGUGUUGAUCUUUUAAUUAAAAAUUGUAACGCGUUAACGACAAAUUUUGUAAAAGUAAAUAAUUUUUGAAAUA